ACAUUGUUCGAAAAAGUUACAGUUUGACAUAAACCGUCUAAACAGUGACAUUUAAUUCGGGAACAUGAAAUUCGCAGUAGUACUAAUCGCAGCUUUAGCUUUGGUAGCACCAACCUUUGCUACAACUUACAAUCGUUGCUCCUUGGCUAAGGCAAUGUAUGUUUUGGGUGUACCCAAAUCUGAUUUGCCACAAUGGACUUGCAUUGCACAACAUGAAAGCUCCUUCCGUACCGAUGCUGUUGGUCCAACUAACUACAAUGGCUCCAAUGAUUAUGGCAUCUUCCAGAUCAACGAUUAUUAUUGGUGUCAACCAGCUAGCGGAAAAUUCUCCUACAACGAAUGUGGUUUAAGUUGCAAUGCUCUAUUGACAAAUGAUAUUUCUAAUUCGGUACGAUGUGCACUUAAGGUUAAGAGCCAACAAGGAUUCAGUGCCUGGUCCACUUGGAAAUAUUGCGAUGGUGCUUUGCCAAGCAUUAAUGAUUGUUUUUGAAUUAAUUAAAACUUCGGUAUUUGGUUUAUAAAUUUUAAAUAAACUGUGAAGCAUUUAAA